AUGGGUGCGCCAAUUGCUGCAGCACCUAACCACUCCGUCCAGGUCGACACCACUGGCGCCGUGAUCGAGCCCGCGGUCAUCUCCCGCGAGACCAAGGGCGGCCGCAGACUGUGGUAUUCCCUCAAGGUCAUCCAGCAGCCCGAGCGCGCCAGAGCCUGCGGUUCCGGCCCGAAGUCGUCUGCUGAUCGUCGCCCCGUUGAUCCUCCUCCGGUCGUGGAGCUGCGCAUCUUCGAGGGCGCAACAUGGCAGGAGGCUCAGCAAAAGGAUAUCACCUUCCACUACAAUGCCAACUUCUUCCUCUAUGCCACCCUUGAGCACGCUCGCCUGAUGGCUCACCCGCGUGGCGCCCCUGCUCCGCCUGCCAAUGUUCCCGUCCUCACCGGCAUGCCUGUAUCUGGCAUGGCCUAUCUGGACCGUCCCAUCGAGGCGGGCUACUUCCUGUUUCCUGACCUUUCCGUCAGGCACGAGGGCCGCUACAGGCUGAGCUUUAACCUCUACGAACAGACAAAGGAAGAGAAAGACAAGGACAAGGAUGCGUGCAAUGCGGACCUCAUCUUCGCGCCCAUCAGCGACAUGAACCAUCCGGCUGCCGUCGAGUCGUUCGAUUGGCGCAUGGAAGUCAAGUCGGCCGAGUUCAUUGUCUACAGUGCGAAGAAGUUCCCCGGCCUGGCCGAGAGCACCCAGCUCAGCCGUGUAGUUGCUGAGCAGGGCUGCCGCGUUCGCAUCCGUCGUGAUGUGCGCAUGCGUCGCCGCGACAACAAGGGCUCUAACCGCAAUAACGAGGAUGGCCAGUACAGGAAUGACAGGAGGACGGCCACGCCUGAGGGAGCACGUACUGAGUAUCAUGAACGCGCGAGGUCCAUGAGCGGCAGUCAAGAGCGCACUCCGUAUCCGGCCGAACCGCAUCGUCGCCCGUCCAUGCACGAAUAUCAUGCUCCUCCGCCCCCGCCCCCUCCUCAGUAUUCUCAGCAGAACUCCGGCCCGGCUGGUCGUCAUCUUCAGUUCCUUACCAAUUCCAACUCGCAGUAUCCUGGCCAGCCUCAGCAAAGCUAUUCGCAAGCACAGUCUGUUCCGCAGUCGCCGGUUGGCACUCACUAUCAACCUCCGCCGUCCUAUGCUAACCCUCCUCCACCGCCGCCGCCCCCUUCGGCCCCUGCGCGUUCGUAUAGUCGUGAGCGCACUCCGGGUCCGUCUUACCAACCUGCUCCUCCGGCCACGACCCCCAUCCUGCGUCGGGAGGGCAGCCAGCCCUCGGAGCACAGCCGCCCGCCUUCUCAAUCAUGCACUCUUCCUCCUAUCAACAAUAUCUCGCAGUUCGCGCCGUCGCCUGGCACUGUGUCGCAGCACACUCCUCCUCCUCCUCCCCCCUUGGCUACUCCUACUCAGCAUCACGCAUCGCUCGCGCCGCUCCAGCCGUCGACCAAAGAGAACAAGGUCAUGCUUCCUCCGAUUGAUACCAGCCGUAUCUCGAACUCGCGGCCGCGCCCGACUCUCCCGUCUCCGGCAACUCUGGCUGCUGUUCCCCGGCCUCCCAGCCUGUCAGCCGGUCCCAUCAACCCGCUCACCCUUCCUCCCCCUCCGCCACUUGCUGGCUCGAAGCGUGCGCGUGAUGAAACCUUCGCUCAGCCUGCCGUCCAACGCUACCAGGACGGCCAGCGCGAGAAGGGCGCGGCUGAUGACCUGCCCUCCGAGUAUACUGGCAAUGCUAGCCCUAUGUGGUUCGAGCGCGCCAACGGUCAUAGAAAGGAUGCGCUGAAGUUGAAUGAUGCGACCCGGUUUGCUUUGUAA